CAAGUAAAAAAAAAAAAAAAAAAAUGUUGAUCUGAGAACCAUUCCACACACACAUCUCUGCUCCAGAGUUGAUAGUGUUGGUUAUUGUUGACCAGGGACGCUGUUAAUUGGAUCACACGGUGGGUCGUCCAUGUUAGACAGUAGAUUGGACAUUGAUCCAUCGUGUGGUUUGGUCAGAGCGAAGCAGACCGGAGGAAAACAUGUCAGUGGUCCUCUAAUCUGAGAAACUAUUAAUUUACUCUCCUCUCUGCCACUUAUCUCCUAAUCCCAAUCCCUGUUUAAUUAAAACUGUGAGGAUGACAUCGAAAACCUGGUUGGGAUGACUUGGAAAUCCUUUUUGGGAGAACACUGAUACAAACUCGUAGAAGAACCUUGCAAGGCCUUGCUCUGAACUCUGAGUGUUAGUAGGUGUGUGUGCUUUUGUUUUAAUUUUCAGUAAAGACAUUUCAACUCUACACGAUGCAACGGCAGUCAGAUCAGCUCAUUUCAUCUGCUUCAGUAACAGUGCAUGGUUAGACCUCCCCUGAAAGGGAAGAUAUCAGAAUCAGUUAAACUAAGUGCAGUUGGACAAAUAAACAACAUUAGGCUAUGAGUGAAAUGGCCAGACAGAAUAGAUCCCUGCACACACCAACAUUAUUUCUGGACAUUGCUGAAACAAUUCAUUCCACGCACCACUCUGAAUGCAACUCAAUCACCCUGUGGGCUACUCCAGUGGACAGCCAUGUUGCUUACUCUGGCAUCCAACAGCCAUGUCAUUUCCUAUGGCUGAAUCCAGACUACUCACUCAUUGUUGUUUUAAUUUGAGUUAUUUAAUCAUUUUGUAAUUUGUUUUAUUUGUGUUUUGUUUUUCUUUCAACCCUUUUGUACUGGUCCGUUCUACACAAAACGCCAUCACGCAACGCUAUCCUGUUGUCACGCCAACCUACCCUUCCACGCCCUCCUUCACCAUUCCCCAUUCCUUGUUCUGAUUGGUCCUUCCAAUUCUUACUUCCCUGUUGGCCCUGCUCCUUGCCUCGCCCUUUUCCACUCCAAAUGCAUGUUCCUUCCUGGUUGGAGAUGGCAGAGUGUACUAUAGCCCCAGUAGCAAUGGAGGACAGUGACCAUGAGGCUCACUCAUCAUCAGAUGACCUGGACUCCGCCCCGCCAUCCCCUGACCACACCAGGGACCACCACCAUGAGCCCGAACAGCACUCAAGCCAUUACAAGGAUGAUUCUGAAGACUCUGAGUUGGAGAACAUCAUGCAACAAGACCCCCACCACAGCGGGGACCACCCUCACCCGCCUCUGGGCGGCUAUGAGCACAGCCCCGACCAUGAGCACUCCCACCCGGUGGACAGGGAGGCAGAGGGUGGCGACACCCCCGGGACGCCCACCUUUUUGCGCCCCCCCACGGCGGGUGGCAGGUCCCAGUCAGACAACCAGGGCGUAGGGAGGCUGCAGUUGGGUGGAUGUGGGAUGGUGGAUCACUAUGACAUGCAGUCUCCCCUCAGUCCCACCAGGCCCAAGAGCCCCUGGGGCCGCUUUGAUCCCUACGACUUUCCAGAGGACCAAGACAAGGACUAUGUGGGCUUUGCCACACUGCCAAACCAGGUGCACCGUAAGUCUGUCAAGAAGGGCUUUGACUUCACCCUGAUGGUAGCAGGGGAGUCUGGUCUGGGCAAGUCCACCUUGGUCAACAGCCUCUUCCUCACAGACCUCUACAAGGACAGGAAGCUACUCAACGCUGAGGAGCGGAUCACUCAGACAGUGGAGAUCACUAAACACACAGUGGACAUUGAGGAGAAGGGCGUCAAGCUGAAGCUCACCAUCGUAGACACCCCUGGCUUUGGAGACGCUGUCAAUAACACUGAAUGCUGGAAGUCAGUGGCGGACUACAUCGACCAGCAGUUUGAGCAGUACUUCAGGGACGAGAGUGGACUGAACAGGAAGAACAUCCAGGAUAACAGAGUCCACUGCUGCCUCUACUUCAUCUCUCCCUUCGGACACGGCCUGAGGCCUCUGGAUGUGGAGUUUAUGAAGGCCCUUCAUGAGAAGGUCAACAUUGUGCCAAUCCUGGCCAAGGCAGAUACACUCACACCCACCGAGGUCAAGACAAAGAAAUUCAAGAUCCGAGAGGAGAUCCAGCAGUAUGGGAUUAAGAUCUACCAGUUCCCAGACUGUGACUCUGAUGAGGAUGAGGACUUCAAACAGCAGGAUCAGGAGCUCAAGGACAGUAUACCGUUUGCGGUGAUCGGCAGCAACACGGUGGUGGAGGCCAAAGGGAAGAGGGUCAGGGGUCGUCUCUACCCCUGGGGCAUCGUGGAAGUGGAGAACUCGGCCCACUGUGACUUUGUGAAGCUGAGGAACAUGUUGGUGAGGACACACAUGCAGGACCUGAAGGAUGUGACACGGGAGACCCACUAUGAGAACUACAGGGCUCACUGCAUUCAGAGCAUGACCCGCAUGGUGGUGAAGGAACGCAACCGCAAUAAACUGACUAGGGAGAGCGGCACAGACUUCCCCAUCCCUGUGAUACCAAGUACCACAGACACAGAGACCGAGAAGCUAAUCCGAGAGAAAGACGAAGAGUUGCGGCGAAUGCAAGAGAUGCUCACAAAGAUCCAGGAACAGAUGCACACGCAGAAGGAGGCCUAUUAACCAAGGCUACUACUAGAACCCCUUUCCCCUGUGUAAAUAUAGGCCCCUUCUUUCCACUACUAGGGUGGGCACCCCUAGUACCACUCUACUCUUGUCCACAAACCAAACAUUGUCUGCUCCAGCUCAUCCAACCCCAACUGCCACCACUCCUCAUUUAGUCAAUAACCCUAACUAUCAGAGACUGAUCCUAGACCAGGCAUGAGGCAUUUACAGACAGGAGGUGGCAUGGUGAGUUUCUUCUUCCAACAACAUGGAAGCCUUGCAUCUCCACACCUGUUGUGGAAACUCUAACGGUAACAACGGGCACCCCUGUCAGGUGCCAUUGCUAGAGCACAACACUGGUCCGGACAGCACAGACCUAACCACCUGCUUGUCCUUACAGGGUUAUGGCCGGGUCCUGCCUGCCUGCCUUCCACCCAUAGUUUAUAUGUGGUCUUGUCAAAAGAUAACUUUUUGCCUUCCAGUUUUGUCGCUAAUGUUCCUUGAUGUUUCUCCUUAGUGAACUCUAACCCCUGACAUUGGUUAAGAGAUAGACUGUAGAGCAUGUGUUGUCCUGUCCCUCUGCUAGGUGUUUGAAAGUUUAUAUUGUAACAAGUUUAGAUGUGUGGUCUUAACCAACCUAGACAAGGUAUGGUUUGAGGGAGGUUGGCCUGCCAGAUUUGUAUUUUUUUGUCAUGCACAAUUUUUUCCCAAGAGCAUUUUUAAAAGGUCAAUACUGUAGAUGGGCAUCUUUUUUUACUAUUACCGGAUUGCAUCUAUCACUUGUAAUUAUUUUAUUUGCAUUGCUACACAGAAUAGCAAGAAAUUCCUUGUUGUGGAAUGAAUGACAAAUGUUACUGAAGUAGUGUUGUGUGUUUUUGGACAAAUGUAUGUUAAUAGGGCUAAUUAGUUUCCUUCAUGUUUCCAGUUCUAGCAUGCUCAAAUCUGGGUUGUUCGUUCUUGUAUAUAACUGACAAAGGAAACCCACUACUUACAGUUCUGAUAUCUGUAAUGAUAGUUUCCUGGAAUAUUGUUGACUUGCAGCUCUCCAGGGUCGUGUUCAGGGUCUUGUUAAAACUUUCUGCAGCGAAAACCAAAAGGUGUGUUUUUAGAACGGGAUUCAAUCCGAUUAUAGACAUUGUGACUUUUAAAGGCAAUUUCAGAUUGAGCUGACAUGCACAUUUAUGUGAUAGGAUCUCCGCAAACGUGGGGAACAUUGCCUUUUAAAACCCGAGAUUGGACUGAAUCCCGGCCCGAAUGGACAAGUUCAGGCAGUAACUCCCCGUAGAAUUAUAUUAUUUUUACUGAACACGACCCAAAAGGAGAAAAGAGCAGGCUUGAGCUACUUAAGUGCCAGUCAAGAGACGCUGGCCUGGGGACCAAGCAGACAGGACAAGCCCCUUAUUCUGCCGGAUGUCAGGGGUCAGAGAAUCGCCUCGUAUCUUAUAGAAGUGUCUGACAUAGCAAGCCUUCAUUCAUGGGUUGAUAUACUCCGUAGACUUGAUGUUGUUUGUGGACAGUAAGUAUGCACCUACUCUUUUGAAGUACAUAUGUUUGUGGAUGGUUUUAUUAUGCAGUCAAAACAAGAAAUCAUGUAAUUAUUAUUUAGGUAUUUUCAACUUCCACGUUUGACCACAAUUUUGGCUUUAAACAAGUUUUGUUUUAAGAUGAAUAGUUGUGUAUUUAUUUUCCUCGGGUGCAAAUAUGAGGUCAUUCACAAGGAACAAGUCAUGAGAUAAAAAGAUACAUGUUUUGGAUUGUGAUGUUUCAAUGAGAAUAAAAUAUUUCAGAUCUGUA